UUUCCUCCUUUUUGGCUUUUUUCUAUCUGAGUGGUUGUCUUUGCUUGUUGAGUUCUUUCUCUGUUUGAUCAUCACCUUUUUUACUCAGUCUCUGACUCUUCUCCUGAUUAAAACCAUUUCCUCUAAUUUUCUGUGUAGUUCAUGCUUCCAAAUUUAAUGCAAAAUCUGAACAUAGGAAUGGCCAAGACAAGGAGUAUGACUAGAAACCAGAUUCAUGAUUCUAGCAGGAAGAGGUUCAAGACCCAUGACAACACUGACAUGGCACCUUGGUAAAUCCUUAACAAUGAUGUGCUUUUGUUAGUUAUGAUGCAACUGGGAGUUGUUGAUUUUCUUUCAUUUAGCAGAGUCUGCAAGUCAUGGAGGUCAUUCGCACUCUCUAACAGAAACAACUUUAUGUCAUCUAGACCACCAAUGUUCAUAUCUAUCUCUCGUGAUGCUAGUAACAAAAACUAUUGCACUAUGCGCGACUUUGAACAAAAAAAGUUUAAAACCAUCCUUUCCAAUUCGGCUCACAUGACUUGUUACGGAUUAACUUGUGGCUACUUGAUUAUGUUUGGAAAUGAGGGCCAUGAUUUCUGGCUUGUAAAUCCUAUCACAAGACAUGAACUUCAUUUCCCUCCUUCCCCUUUUUAUGCACUUGCUCAUCCAUCAACAGUCAAGGGUAUCCUCGUCUUUUUACCUUCAAUAUCUAGGUGGGCGUUUGUUAUAUCAUAUAGAUUCACCACUAAGAUAUCUUAUUUUAUAAAGGGUAAACGCGGAUGGAAUCAUGUCUCCUCGACUCUCCCCAUUCUUGAUUUACAUGCUUUUAAAGGGAAGAUAUAUACGAUACAUGCUGAUUGUUGUUUAUGUGAAAUGAGACUCAAUCCAAAACCCAAGUUGAAAUUACUCGAAACCAAGAAUUUUCAAAAACCAGACUUGAAACGUCCGGAGUUUGUAACUUCGGGUGAAAAGCUUUAUAUUAUGAAUCGCUCAAAUUUGUUUGGAGAUCCAAAUGCGAAUAAGGUUCUGGAACUAGAUUUUGGUGAAAUGAAAUGGGUGUCAUUAGAAAAAACAAUAGAAGAAUAUGCAUUUUUUCUUAGCAAUUUCAACUAUUCUGCUGCUAUUAAAAAAGAGUCGUGGGCUUGGGCUGAUCCACGGACACAAUCCAAGAUCCGUGAUUACUUCCUUGAUGAACGCUACCUUGACCCUGAUAAAACUCGACCAGACAUGUUUUUUUAUGCAAGGAUGUGGUACUUCUCCCAUGAUUGUUUUAGUGUUGAUCUAAUAGAUGAGCGUUGACAUGUUAGCAUUCUUAUUCUCUGUUUUUAUGGAUUACAUAAUUUUCAUGUUUAGAACAUAUACUCAAGAGGUUAGGAAUCACCUGUGGUAGAUUUUUAUGUUACAACUUAUUUUUAAAACAAUUUGGCUCUCA